AUGGCUGCAACUAUGGUUGACGACAUACCGCGCUUCGGCCGUUCGGCGGUCGACUCCCUUGGCCCGGAGGACUUCGAGACUGCCUCGCUACGCUCCGUUCGCUCUAUUCGCUCAGCAGCGCCCUCAUAUACUUCCGACGCCCCCUCCUACCACUCCACCAACCCGCACCCAGACCCCCUCCCAGCUUACUCUCCGCCGGCCCGCUCCACGUCCACGCCGACGCUGGGCAAUGCAUCUUCUUCCGCAUCCACUUCCACAACCACACAACAACAGCAACAACAACGCCCACCGCCCCAACCACGCAACGGAAGCGUCUCCUCCCUCCUCGAUCCCUUCGACCCCCCUUACGAACCAGGCACCACCCCACGCCGCUAUGGCCUUCCACCCAUUCCCUCCGCACCCCCGCGGCACCAAACCGGCCUGCCUUCCGUCUCCCAGUUCCGCAGCCCAUCCUGGUCUGCCUCGGCCACCAUCGCAGCCGGCGGAGGAAGUGGUAGCAGCGGACUUAGCGGCAGCUUAGUCGGGAGCGCCGUUAGCAGUGGCGGAGGUGGUAGUGUUGGCGGUGGUGGGAUGGGUGCAAACCCGACAGCGAGGUUGUAUCAGAACGUGGCGCUGCGCCGAGCGCGAGCUGCCAGCGGAGCUGCGGGUGGUGGGGGAUACGGGAGUAGCCCUUAUGGGGGCGGGAGCUUGGCGUCGUCAUCGUUGUCGUCGUCGACGGCGAACUUGGACGGGCUGAUGAGGCGGGUGAUGCUGGAGCGGAUCGAAGAGGAGGAGAGGAACCGAGUGCGGCCGCUGGAGGAUCCGUACUUGGUGGGCGAGGAGGCGGCUGCGCGGGCUCGGGCGGAGAGGAUUGCGAGGGAGAAUAGGGGGGAUGAGGUUUUGAUUCGGGAGGACCGACGUUGGGAUUGGUUCCUAGCCCAGACGAGAGACCGUGAAGAGCGCGAGCGAAGCUGGAAACGCUUUCGCCGUGAUAUGGACCGGCGGUCUGGCAGCAGGCUUCCCUUCCGUAUCGGCGCGCGCUUCUGA